GACGCGUCCAUUUCAUGUGUGUUUCUCAUUCUGUUCAGCUUUGAUCGAAGAUGUCUUCCUUACGCAGUGAUUUUUGCGAAUGGCUUGGAGCUACAGACUCAGAAGAGGACUCAGAAGGCCUCAUAAACGAAUGCAUAUCCAUAUGUCAGAUGUACAAUCUAACAGCAAAGGACCUCCAAUAUAAAUGGGAAGCUCUCUCUUACGGUAAAGCGCAGACAAUACUCCGCUUCACACGCGAAUCUGCAUCAGACGUGAAGGCCCAGAUCCAGCGGGAGAUGCAAGCCAAGAAUGCCAGUAGUGUAUCCAAGUCCGCAGCGACAGGCUUUGUGCGCGGGAAGUUUGCGAAUUCUGCGAAGUUUGCGGGGGUAAAUGCUAAGGGACUUACUGGGCCGCUCAAGGCUGCGGCUCAACCGCCGAAAGCGCUUUUUGGAGGCAUGGCGAGCGUUCCUGUGAAGCUUGAGCAGGACUUUGAUGGGCCGAUCGCCAGUUCAAACAAAGGUCGCGCAUAUCGGUACAUGUAUGAAACAUUAGGCGAACGAAGCGACACUCUGGAUGCACAACUCGAUGGGUUUGGCGAACUCAUUUUGAAAAAUUAUCGGGAUAUCCUUCAGUUGGGUCAUCCUGGUGUUUUUUCCGAGGAAUCAUGUGUUGUUGUGGGCCGGAUCGUGCUAGACGCUGAGGCUUCUGGGUCAGGCAUCAAGUUGAACGAUCAGUCGCUCAUUCUCGAGUCAUCGCGAUCGCACGGUGAUGGACUCCGCCUAUUUCCUGGUGCGGUAGUAGCACUCAAAGGGCGCAACGGUGGUGGAGGUUAUUUCAUUGCGUCUGAGAUUCUAGCUAUACCCCCGAUGCCAGCGUCUCCUGCUCCACCGAGUAACGUGGCAGCAAGUUUCGACAUGUGCAUAGCAUGCGGGCCAUUCACUCCAGAUGCUAACCUCGACUACAAACCGUGGAGAACUCUUAUCAGCAACCUCAAGACAUCAAAACCUGCCGUCGUCUUACUCCUCGGGCCAUUCGUAGACGCUACACAUGCCCACAUACAGAAUGGCAUGGUUGACGAGACGCCAUCAGACAUUUUCAAACACCAAUUUAUCGCCCCCCUCCGCGAUUUCCUUUCUCAAUCGCCAACAAGCACAGUCCUUCUCGUACCAAGCGUGAAUGACAUCAUUAGCGACCACGCAGUUUUUCCUCAAUGCGAGCUUGAUGACGAGUUUCGUGGCGAUCCGCGCAUACGGCUCCUUCCUAAUCCUGCACGCUUUUCACUAAACGAGAUUUCUUUCGCUGUAUGCAGCGUGGAUGUGUUGUAUCACCUGCGGAAGGAGGAGUACUUUAGACGUGGACAAGAAGUAGAUUCUAUCGUAUGCGAACCAGAGGCUGCUAGCGACCCUAUGUCGAAUCUCAGCAGAUAUGACGUUGCACACGAAGUCAAUCUUGACGUAUCGCAUUCCGCAGAGUUGAGAGUCGCCGAGAGUCCUGAGGAUCCAGGUCCUGACGUGAUGGUACUACCCAGUCGGUUGAAACAUUUCUCAAAGGUCGUGGACAAUUCGGUCGUCAUCAAUCCGUCAUAUCUGACAAAGGGCACGUAUGCCACCCUCUCUUAUUCUGGACAAGGAACGGGAUUUCCCAAAGAUCGGAUAUCGGCUGAUAUUGCAAAGUUAUCUUAGAAUACCCCAGGUGACUGCUCGUAUGAUGUCGCAUUUUUGAUAUAAU